CUCGUGUUUCAGACUGUCAGUAUCUGAGUGUGUCUGGUCCUGGUAGCUUACGGUGUUAUACACAUGGUGGUGUUUCAGACCAUCUAUUGCCUACUUGUGAAAGCCACUUGGGAAGAGAUAGAUUGUGCCAUGUGUUAUAAGAACAUCUGAAGAAUAACCAAAGACAAAUUACGACGGUUUUGGAACGCCUAUAGUUAAUGACACCAUCAACAAGUGUUUGGCCUUGUAAAGUGUAAGGGAAGGGGUGGCAGUGAGGAGUUGUGUGGACCAUUGUUGCUGGUGGUUCGUUGUGUGGUGCUUACUGAUACACUAUGUGGUUGUGGUGGUGAGACUGAAUUUUGCUGGAGGAAAAUUUGAUGAGCGUCCUUAAGACCAGCUGACUGAGCGUGACCUGACACCAUGUCAUCACGGAUGUUCCUGCCCGCCUUCCUACUAUGGGCUUGGGCGGCGGGCGGGACCACCAACGCUAUAUCUUGUGGACAGUGUGAAAGGGGAACACACUCCAUGAUUUGUCCAAAUUCAAUAAGUGAAGAACAAUACACAGUGAAAUUAUUAUCAAAUCGCAUUCUUCAGUUGGACUGCCAAAAAUCAGCGAGAGGAGUAAUAGACUAUUCACUGAUUGAAGAUUGUCACUUUCCUUCUGUGAAUGAAGUUGAAUUUCGUGGAUGUCCAUUCCCAAGUUCAUCCCUUGCUGAAGCUGUACUUAAAGUUGGUUUAUACCCGAAAAAUAUUACUAAAUUAAAAUUCAUUGAUGGAGUACGGCAGCCUGAAGCCAACACAGAGGAUUGGCACCUGAACCGUCUGAAUAAUUUGGAAUUUUUAGAACUGAUAAAUAAUAACUUUAGUAGCGUUCCAGUGAAUUUAUUUAAUGCUACUCCAAAACUGAAGUUCUUCAAAUUUACAUACAAUAAUUUGGAUACAAUUCCAGAAACUUUAUUCUCAAGCUUACUGGAAAUAACAACAAUUGACCUAUCCAGUAAUGGCUUGGCAAGUGUACCUGUUAAUCUCUUUGCAAAUUUAACCAGGCUAACUAUAAUUGAUUUACAGAAUAAUGAAUUGAAUGAAAUAAGAUCAGAACUAUUUUCCAAUCAACCCCAUCUUGUGAAUAUAAACCUCAACAAUAAUUACAUUUCUAACAUCCAAAGGAGUUUGUUUGUAGGCAUGAAGUACUUACAAAUUCUAAACAUCGGUGGAAAUAAAUUGGAAAGGUUGCCUCAUGAUGUAUUUUACAACAUGACAGCGCUGACAACUCUGGACCUUAGUUCAAAUUUGCUGACUGCUUUGGAACCCAGAAGCUUUGAUAAUAAUAGAGAAAUGAAGACACUUAAUCUAGGAAACAAUAGCUUAAUUAGUCUACCUGACGAAUUGUUUCAGAGGUGUGAAUCAUUACAAACACUUUAUUUGAACCAUAAUCAGCUGGCAGUCUUGAACAAAAAAUGGUUUCGUCGGCGGUCAGCUCUGGCUUAUAUAGAUUUAGGUAACAACAAUAUAGAAUUUUCUACCACUGGUUAUCUUGGAAAUUCCUUUGCACUUGAUGAACAGGACAAGCUGAAAACAAUAAUUUUGAAUGAUAAUAAGUUAACAACUAUUCCUCAUUCUUUUCACGCUCUCUACUUAAAACUCGAGGCUGUUGAUUUAUCAGGGAAUUUGAUAGAGGAAGUGGCAUUUAGUUCAUUACACUUUCAGAACAAUCAUGUGAAAUUCAACUUGUCGAACAAUAUGAUAAAGUCAAUACAUCUUUUUCAAAGCUGGCCAGUAAUGAUUGAAAAAAUAGUUAAGCUCUCUCUCAAGGGAAAUCCUCUUCUCUGCAAUUGUAACAUGUAUAAUUUUUUAAACUUAAUACAUGGAAAACCACUUGGAAAAGGAAAUUUAUUUAAAAUUGUGCUGGAAGAUGGAGAUCAAGUAACAUGUACAAAUCAAGGAAAUGAAAUCAAGAAAUUAAUGGAUGUGGAUACUGAAACGCUGACUUGUAAAAUGUUACUCCCUUGUGAUAACUGUACAUGUUACUGGCGCUCGAGUGAUAGUAUGAUAAUCGUCGACUGCUCAUACCAAGGUCGAAGUGAGAUACCAAAGAUUGAUUUUGAUAACUAUGGCUACAAAAACUCUCCCAUUACCAUAAAUAUGAGGAAUAACAGUAUCACAAGUUUAGAUGCAUUGCAAGAUCCUAGCUAUAGAAGACUGGUGAACUUGACAAUACCUAACAACAAACUGUCUUUCAUCAACGAGUCAUAUCUUCCGGAAAAAUUGAAAGUUCUGAACAUAUGCGGGAAUAACCUCACAUCUCUGUCUGGAUCCUUGUUAAAAUUCCUGAAUGUUACUGACAUGCACCUCAGCCUUGGAAAUAAUCCUUGGACUUGCAACUGUGAUCUUAUUGACUUCCUGAACUUCCUGUACGUCCCACUACGCAAGGUUGAUGACUUCGAUGACAUUCGAUGUAAAGAUCAAGAUGAACCUCUUAUCACCCUUAGUGAGCACUCGCUGUGCCCCUUCUUCAUGCAGCCCAUGGUCAUUGUCACCAUUGUUGCCAUCUUGAUAUUCCUCAUUCUCUUUGCUGUACUUGGGACAGUCAGUUUUUACAAAUACAAACAAGGAAUCAAAGUGUGGUUAUUCACACAUCGUGUGUGUUUAUGGGCCGUCACAGAAGAUGAGAUGGAUGCUGACAAGAAGUAUGAUGCCUUCAUUAGUUAUUCUCACAAGGAUGAGGAAUUUGUCAACAAAAUUUUGGUGCCUGGCCUUGAAUGUGGCGAUCCCAAGUACCGAGUUUGUCUCCACUAUCGUGACUGGAUCCCAGGAGAAUACAUUCAGAACCAAAUAAUGCAGAGUGUGGAGGCCAGUAGACGAACAAUUGUGGUGCUUUCAUCAAAUUUCAUCGAGAGUGUGUGGGGCCAGUUAGAAUUCAAGGCCGCUCACUCUCAAGCCUUGCAAGAUAAAACUAACAGGUUGAUAGUUAUUGUUUAUGGAGAGAUUCCACCAGAAAGUGAACUUGAUGAGAAGCUCCAGUUGUAUAUCUCCAUGAGAACAUAUGUGAAGUGGGGUGACGCAAAAUUUUGGGAAAAGCUGCGCUACAUCAUGCCACAUCCACAAGAUCUCAUUAAAAAAAGGCAACGCAAACGAAGAGAUACAGACAAACUUGAACUUUGCAAAUCAGACUCUAAACAGAGUGUGUGAUAAGUGGGGUAAAAACUGCUCUACUGUAUAUGAUUCUAUGACGUGUGUUAAUUGUGAUUUGUGUAGCUUGAAACUUGCUCCUACCAAAAAUAUAUUAACUAGUAAUAAAUGUUCAGCAUUGUAAUCGUUUCAAGAAUUAUGCUGGACCAAUAAACAAAUGCACCUGUUCUUGAGGAGAUGACUUUUCAACCUCAGUGGCAAUAAGUUGUAUAUAAUUUCAAAAUACUGUAUAGAACUACAGGUUCAUAAUUGUAUGGCUUCCCAAGUUGAAACAAGACAGUGUAUCAAACUGUUAAUGAAAAUAUAUUCCUUUUCUUAUGAACUGUUAAGCAGAAGUUUGGAUUACAGAAACCCUGAAGUUAUGAAAUAGUUUUACAAGGUUACUGUAGCAAAACUUAUUGAAAUAGAAAGUGACAAAAAUUAUGGAAAUUUUUUAUUGACAUGGAACUAUAAAUAGUUCAUAUAUCUGACCAUGAAAUAUGUACAGUAUAAAUAUAGUGAAAAGUGUCUUGUACAGUAUAUUUUAUGUUACUGCCAAGUGUAUGCCCAUUCAGCUGCUGGAGUCCUCUCAUCUUAUAAAUGUUGUUACUGUCAAGUGCAAACCUGUUCAGCUGCUGGAGUCAUCACAUCUUACAAAUGCUGUUACGAAUCGGGUCGGACAGUGGCGCUUGAGAAAGUGAAUUGCAGUGUACAGUACAUAAAUGAAUCUGCAAUUUCGAUCUGGAAUCUUGGGAAUAAUAGAAGAGACACAGGCAAGGAUGGAGGCAGUGCUAAGAUGACAUAGAAGACGAAUCCACAGAAUUGUACCUGAUUGUAUGAACCCAUUCACAGCAAUGAGCGAGGAAAGGCCGGAACUUACUGUAUUGUUCCUAUUUAAUUCUCAAAUAAGUGUACUAUCGUGGACAAAAGUUUGCUCCCUCCCAAACUGAAGCAGUAUCGACCCCAAAUGAGAUAAAACAGUACGCCCGCACCAGAUGAUAGUCAGGGUAAGUCAGUUCGGAGACUCAUGCCUGUGACUCGGUUUCACCACAGGGGGCGAACUUUUGUCCAUGAUAGUACAAGAAUCACAUUUUCAACAUAUAUAGUGUAUUUGCAACAUGCAUGUACAGUAUACUUCAAAUUCUCAUUUAUCAUUAAGAAUGGUGUUUGUAAUAUAUUUUAGGUGUAAUAAAUAAUUGCUUCUA